ACAGAAAAGUAAAAUUUACGCAGAGCCGGAAAUUCGUGGAGGAGGAACAAAUUUUGUUUAUAAAAUGUUUCUCUCUUGAUUAACUUCAAAUUAUCCGUAGGAACAUAUUGAUUCAUCAUGAUAAAAGCUAUUCUCGUUUUCAACAAUCAUGGAAAGCCACGACUUUCCAGAUUUUACCAGUAUUACCCAGAAGAUAUGCAGCAACAGAUUGUUAGGGAGACAUUUCAUCUGGUGUCUAAGAGAGAUGAUAAUGUUUGCAACUUUCUUGAGGGUGGAACGCUGAUUGGAGGUUCUGACUUUAAGAUUAUAUAUCGUCACUAUGCCACCUUGUAUUUUGUAUUCUGUGUUGACUCCUCAGAGAGUGAGCUAGGUAUACUGGAUCUUAUUCAGGUGUUUGUAGAAACCCUCGACAAAUGUUUUGAGAAUGUGUGUGAACUAGAUCUCAUCUUCCAUGUUGACAAGGUACAUCAUAUUCUAGCAGAACUUGUGAUGGGAGGAAUGGUGCUGGAGACCAAUAUGACCGAAAUUAUAACUCGUAUUGAAGAACAAAAUAAACUUGAGAAAUCCGAGGUGUUUUUAUUUACAAGAAAAGGGAAGACUUUCUUCUCAAACAAACAGCUGGAAUAACCGCGGCACCUGCUAGAGCUGUAUCAGCUGUCAAGGAUAUGAACAUUCCACAGAAAAUAAAGGACAUGAAACUUCCCGACCUACCUUCAAUAGGAAACCUCAAAUUCUAGUCAAUACCAACAUCUACAUAAAUUAAAUAAAACUACCAUCAUAUUGUUGUGUGCAUACAAAUACCUUUGUACUCAUUUCUUAGUUAUGUUAAUUCAAAUUGUAAACAAAUACAGGUUGAUAAGUCUAGAUUUUAUGACACAUUUGUUUCAGAUAUAUACAUGUAGUUGUCAGUCCUGUUCAAAAUUGGAUGAUUAAUUAAACAAAUAAAAUAUCUAUUCCUUUCCAUAUAAGGAUAAAUAGUAAAAAAUAAGUAGUCAACUGAAAAUUCUUAAAAUUCCCUUUAAUAUACCAACAUUUCCAUAU